AUGCCCGCCGAGAGUGGCCCCUUUUUCCCGCUCCGCUCCAAGAUGGCGUCGAUGCGAGAGAGCGACACUGGCCUGUGGCUCCACAACAAGCUGGGCUCCACCGACGAGCUGUGGGCGCCGCCGAGCAUCGCCUCGCUCCUCACCGCCCCGGUCAUCGACAACAUCCGCCUCUGCUUCCACGGCCUCUCGUCGCCUGUCAAGCUCAAACUCCUGCUGGGCACUCUGCACCUGCCCCGGCGCGCCAUCGACAAGAUGAAAGUGGCACUUGGGGACAUUAUCCAGCUGGCUACCUUGGAUUCAGACCCCUGGGUCUUAAUGGUAGCUGAUAUUAUAAAAUCCUUUCCAGACACUGGCUCUCUUAACCUCGAUCUGGAGGAGCAGAAUCCGAACGUUCAGGAUAUUUUAGGUGAACUCUUGAGGAUGAUGAGCGAAUGCGAAACUUCAGCGAUGUUGCCGUUAGAAUGCCAGUACUUAAAUAAAAAUGCCUUGACCACAUUGGCCGGACCACUGACUCCCCCCGUGAAACAUUUCCAGCUGAAAAGGAAACCGAAAAGCGCUACCCUCCGAGCUGAGCUGCUGCAGAAGUCUACCGAAACUGCUCAGCAGCUCAAGAAGACGGCCGGAGUGCCUUUUCACGCCAAAGGAAGGGGGCUGGUCAAAAAGAUCGAUAUAACAACACCGCUUAAAGGCAUACCGAAACAAGCGCCUUUCAGGAAUCCUACUGCCCCAAGCGUGUUCAGCCCUGCUGGAAAUAGAACGCCCAUUCCUCCUUCAAGAACUCCUCUGCGCAAAGAAAGAGGAGUAAAGUUUCUCACUAUCAAAGAGCUGAAUACGAUCGGCGCUGGCCGAGAAGCAAAAAGAAGAAGAAAGACUUCAGAUACAGAAGUGGUGGAAAAACCUGCAAAAGAGGAAACCGUUCUAGAAAAUGCCACUCCGGAUUAUGCUGCUGGACUUGUGUCUACUCAGAAACUUGGGGCAUUGAAUAAUGAGGCUGUCCUGGCUUCUACCAGCUACCUGCCUGCGGCGCCCAGCGUCGUGCCGUCUUCCUCUUACGUUCCAAGUUCUGACACGCAAACAGCCGGAUCAGUCCGGGAGCCCUUGCCAGCUAAAGAAGAGCCCGCCGCACCUCCUGCCAGCACUCAGUUCAAGCAAAGGACGCCCAUGUACAACAGCAACACCAACACGGCUGCGGCCACCCCGACCUCUCCUGUGACCCCUGUGGCCGCCGCACCAGCAGCACAGGCGCCCCUGGCUGCUCCCCAGGCCCAGCAGGCGGAGCCUAAAAAGAAACUCACUCUAACCGCCGAACAAACUUCUGCAGCACAAGAAAUGUUCAAGACUGCAAACAAAAUCACGAGGCCUGAGAAGGCGCUGAUCCUGGGGUUCAUGGCAGGCUCGAGAGAGAACCCUUGCCAAGAGCAGGGUGACGUCAUCCAGAUCAAGCUGAGCGAACACACAGAAGAGCUGCCCAAGCCGGACGGCAGCGGGAGCACCACCAUGCUGGUCGAUACAGUCUUCGAAAUGAACUACGCUACAGGCCAGUGGACCAGACGAAAGGAGUACAAACCCAUCACCAACAUCUCCUAAGCAUCCAUCACAGCCGGACGUGGGCCGGGCGGACCAGAAAUCAAGCCAGCGCCUCCAUUGCGUUUCAAUUUGGCAGACCGACAUUCCUGUGAAGGCAUCAAAUGACUAGCUGUGGUUGGCUCCGAUAGCAGAACAAAGAUCCAAACUACUGUGUUUCCUGUUUUGUUUAAGGGGUGUCUGGGUGGGUAAGCGGGGGGGGGGGGGGCUGCAGUAGUAACUCAAGAUGGCUGAAGGAGCCAAGGUGAAAGGCAUCGAUCACCUCUGAAAGCUUUCCUCCAGAACCUUUGGGGGAAAUGGCCAAAGGGAAGGGCAGUCUGUGCUCCGUAGAGUCCAGCCCUGGUUUUAAAAAUGGCCACUGCUAUGUUGGUAGUUUUUUCUCUUUCAUAGAUGACUGAUUGCAACAAAUAUAUAGCUGCCCCCCCCCCCCCAAUUGCUUUUGCCAGUCAUUGGGGAAACAGGAGUCCUUGCGUCUUGUAUAAAGCCAGGUAUUGGGGGGGGGGGGGGCGCAGCAGGGUGCGGGGCACACACACUUUACACAACUGUGUAAAGUUAAGGGCAAACUAGGACAGUCCCUUAUCCCUGGCCUAUGUAUUCACAUCAUAUGAGGAGUCCGUGAGUUACAUUUCGACAAGGGCAUGCAAAAAAGAUAACCUGGAAAGCACGCCGGAGGCCACAAGGUGAGGUUUUCAUUCUUGACACUAAGCUGGACGCUAAGCCUUCAGUGCAGAAAUGGAUACUAAAUGCUGACUUCUCAGCCCUUUCCAGCGGCUCCUCAGUUUGCUUGCCUCAGAUUUUCAGGGCCGGCUGCGUCAUCUUUGACGUGGAAGCUGGGCCCCUGGCACGUCUCAGACAGGCAGGCCUGGGAUUUCCUGCCAUCGAGACUUCCUUUAACAAGGCAGGGGCCAGUCUUCUUCAUGAGGAAGGCUGAACCAACCGAGCGUCAGGGGGUCUAUCUGAGUAUCAGUCCAAAUCCCUCUGUCCUUGUUGGAAUGACAGCUAGAGGAUUUCUCCCAGAUUUGUCCAGUUGAAAUUAAAUUAGUCACCUUUUGGUGGUGGAUUUAAUGGGUUGUUUGGUUUCCUGGCCCACUAAAAGCAGUUUUGUUCUCAGUGGAGAUGUUUUAGGAAUCUUUGCCCUUUGACCAGUUUCCCAGCUGCUGUCGUGUCAGAAAGUGCAUUUCCUUCUUUUCAUUUCCAGGAAUUGCAUGCAACAGGAUGGAGUAAUAAAAAAAAAAAAACUGAUGGAAAGUAUCUUGUAAUGGUUGUAAGCCAUCAGAGGGCUUUACGUGCUCAGCCAGGUUACAAUGGAGUGGGUGGUUUUAAGAUUAAUGCGGCAAACGGGGAGAAAAGGCUGCUGGCCACAAGAUCUACCCGGGUUUUUAGUCAGUUGAAUCUUCUGAUUUGACCUGCUUCAUAAUCAGACUGUCUUCUCAACUAAGAAUUUUAAACUAUAAAUAAAGAAAAAAAUGCCUUAAUCUUUUCCCUUUUAUUCGGGUGUCACUAAGCCAUGUAACAGAGGCUUUUUCCGCACAGGCAGAAUACCUGAGAAGGCCCCAGGAGACGCU